AUGGAUAUUGAUUGUGAACAUCAUCGAAUUUUACUUUCAAUUAUUCAGCAGAUUCCUGAUUUGAAUGAAGAUAUACAACCAUUUCUUCAAACGGAGAAAUGGUCUCGCGAUAAACGACAUUUGUUGAUUAAUCUUCUUGUUCAACGAUUGUUGCAAAGUGAUUCGUUAACAUCGACGUUUUGUGAACAUGUUCAAAGAUUAUUUCCGAAAUAUUUCGUUGCAUUUAUUCAUCGACUUUAUACUGCGGUGAAUUUUUCCAAUAAAGUCACAAAUCACGUCUCAAUCAAACAGAGAUUUCUGGUUUUACUUUCUCAAAUUCUCCAAACGUAUCCUUCACUACACACAAUAACGGAAAACCAUCUUCUCUCCGUUGACACCUCGUUAAUCGAUUGGAAACAAGAAAGUCCAAAGAAAAAGUCGAAAUACAGAAUUGAUCAUAUAAACGAUGAUGUUUACUUACUUCUUGCUACACUUCGUUUGUUGUUAUUACCGAAUUCUAAAGUUCAGUUCAUGCAUUCAUGGAAAUGGAAUUCACUCAUUUAUUUGUUAACAAAUCACGAGGAUGAAAACAUCAAAUGGUUGGCAUUUCUUUGCUUAUCAAUUGUGUUUAAUAUAUCAAUGAAUCAACAAGAUACCUAUCGACCUGCUGUUUCCAAUCAAACGAUAUUUAGAAUCAAUGAUUUACUGAAUUCGAAAUAUUCGCAUUCAUUUUCAACAUUUUCAUGUGAUAGAUUAUUUUUGGAUGAUGAUUUCAAAAAGCGCACCGUAUUCAUCGGUGGUAUUCCUCUCGCCAAAUCUAAUCCGAAUAAAAAUUCAAACGAAAUUGUCGCAACUCCAACAUCAAUUCAAUUGUCUCAUACUUCAACUAUCGAUAAAUGCUUACGUGAAAUUGCCUUGAGUAUCUCACUUGCCUGGACGACGUUGAUCUACAGUUCGAUUAGUAAUGGGAAAACAUUAAUUGUCGAGUAUAUUGCCGAACAAGUUGGAAAACGAUUAAUCAAAAUUCAAUGUUCAGAUCAUAUGGAUAGUAAAGUUUUGUUAGGGACGUAUCAAUGUACGGAUAAACCGGGGGAAUUUUUGUGGACAUCUGGUUUACUCGUUGAGGCAACAUCAGAAGGUCAUUGGUUGUUAAUGGAAGAUAUUGAUGCGGCGAGUUCAGAUGUGUUAUCGACAAUAAAGAGCUUGAUUGAAAUGAAAACUAUUGGACACGGAGCGAUUUCACCUGAAUUUCGAUUGUUUUUGACACAACGUGAUACGGGUAUCCCUGUGCAAUCGAAUGAACUAAUUCAUUUGUUGAAAAGUGUGUUUUGUGUUGUGAUUCCGUCGUAUCCUGAUUCGGAAAUCAUUCAGAUUAUGGAAAAUCUUCCAAUAUGGAAUAAUGAUUUACAAUUAUUUCAAUUAAAAAUCUUUCAGCUGUACCAAUCGUUCCAAAACAUCAAAGGAUCGAUUCAUACACGUUUAGUUACUUUACGAGAUUUACUGAAAUGUUGUCGACGACUAUCGAGUUUAUCAUUAUCAUUGUCUGUUCAUCGACAAAUGGCUUUUUAUGAUGUAUUAGAUUGUUUUGCAUCGUUUUUGACCAAAGCAAAUCGUUUAGGACACAUUCAAUCCAUAGGAGCUUUAUUCAAUAUGAAUAAUCAGGAGGCGGAAUUUUAUGCAUUAAAAUCAAUUGCAGAACUCGAUGAUCGUGAUCCGCAGUUUUUCUUAGUUGGAAACGUCAAAUUAGAAGUUCAAAAGAAAAACACGUCCGUCCAACAACAACAACCACAUUAUUGUUUUGCCAAAACGCGAACUGCAAUGUUUACUCUCGAACGCAUUGCCCGUUGCGUUCAAAUGAACGAACCUGUGUUACUCUGUGGUGAAACCGGUUGUGGAAAAACAACAUUAGUUCAAUAUUUAGCUCAAAAAACUGGAAAUCGUCUUCAUGUGAUCAAUCUUAGUCAACAAAGUGAUGCCGUAGAUUUACUCGGUGGUUAUAAACCAUUCGAUUCAUUGUUGUUAUUGAAGCAAAUCUAUCGAGAUUUUACCAUCGAACAAACAACGAAUGAUUAUAUUGAAGAAAUUCAAAAAUCAAUUCAAUCGAAACGGUACAAAGAAGCGAUCAAAUCCAUGAUGAAAUAUACGGAUAAAGCAUCGCCAUUGAGAACACAAUUGAUCAAAUUAAGAGAUUCGUUUAAAGUCAAGUCGAAAUCUUCGUUGAUCUUUCGAUUUGUCGAAGGUUCUUUGGUUCAAGCGUUACGAAAUGGAGACUGGAUUUUACUAGAUGAAAUCAAUUUAGCUUCGUCGGAAACACUUCAAUUACUCAGUGGAAUCUUAGAAAGUGAACAUGGAACCAUAUGGCUUGCAGAACGAGGUGAUAAACAACCAAUUGUUCGUCAUCCGAAUUUUCGUUUAUUUGGUUGUAUGAAUCCCGCAUCUGAUGUUGGUAAACGAGACAUUCCCAUUGGUAUUCGAAAUCGUUUUACUGAAUUAUUUGUUGACGAAUGUGAAGAUCGAUCGGAAUAUACGAUUAUUGUUGAUAAAUAUCUCAAUCAAACCAAUAUUCCUAAGGAAUAUAUCGAUCGGAUUGUCACGUUUUAUAUUGAUAUUCAAAUGAAAGUCAAGAAUUUCUUCUUAACUUCAUCAUCAACAUCAAACAAUCGAAUCGCAGUGACUUAUAGUUUAAGAACAUUGUGUCGAGCAUUGAGAUAUAUCGCCACGACAAACUGGUCGGGAAAAUCCUACACUCGAGCUUUAUAUGAAGGAUUUUGUCUAAGUUUCUUUAGUCAAUUAGACCGAUCGUAUUACCAUGAAGUACAAAAACUGAUUCAUCAGAUUAUUUUAAAAGAUAAAUCAUCGAUUGAAAGUUUACUAAAAACCACUCAAAUGGUUCUUUCUCAUGACAAUUCGAAAAAAUACAUCGAAAUUGAAAAGUACUUCGUUCUCAAAGGUGAUCAAACAUCUUAUCGUAACGAAAACUACAUCUUCACUCGUACCGUCACCGAAAAUCUCAUCAACAUUAUUCGCGUCCUUUCCGCGAAAUCUUAUCCAAUUCUUCUCCAAGGUGAAACCUCCGUUGGUAAAACCUCUCUGAUCCAUUGGUUGGCCGCCGCAACCGGAAAUAAAUGUCUCCGAAUCAACAAUCACGAACACACUGAUCUCUCCGAAUAUCUCGGCACCUACACAUGUUCGUCAACAACGGGUCAAUUGGUAUUUCAAGAUGGUCCAUUAAUCAAAGCGAUGCGUUUUGGAUGGUGGAUCAUUCUUGAUGAACUCAAUUUAGCAUCGAGUGAUAUCUUAGAAGCAUUGAAUCGUCUAUUGGAUGACAAUCGACAAUUAUAUCUAAGCGAAACGAAUGAAUUAAUCAAUGCGCACGAACGUUUUCAAUUGUUUGCAACGCAAAAUCCUGCUGGUGAACAAUACGCGGGACGAAAACGUCUCUCCCGAGCAUUUCGAAAUCGAUUUAUCGAAUUACAUUUCGAUAAUUUGCCUCAAAAUGAAUUGGAAAUUAUCAUCGAAAAGAAAUGUAAAUUGCCGAAAUCUUAUUCGAAAUUGUUGAUUCAAACGAUGAUUGAUCUACAGAAAUAUCGUUCGCAAAAAGGUGUUUUUUCCGGUAAAUCGAGUUUAAUCACUUUACGAGAUUUAUUCCGUUGGGCACAACGAUAUACAAAAUAUGAGAAUCAAUGUGAGAAUUACAAACAAUUCCUGGCGGAACAUGGAUAUCUGCUAUUGGCGGGACGAUCGAGAAAUGUCGAAGAUCGAAAUUUCAUUAAAAAUGUCAUUGAAAAGCAUUUCUGUGAAAAGAAAACGACAGUUGAUGAGAAUGUUCUCUUCGGUGAAGAAGGAAGUCCGUUUUCCACCGGUGAAAUAUGGAAACGAAUUCGAAAUAAUAACCAUUUGAAACACAUCGUCUGGACACAACCAUUGAGACGGUUCGCAAUUCUUUGUGCUCUGUGCGUCCAAUUCGAUGAACCGGCUUUGUUAGUCGGAGAAACUGGAUGCGGUAAAACGACAGUUUGUGAGAUCUUAGCAGAAAUUAAUGGACAAAAACUGUCGACGGUCAAUUGUCACACAACUACAGAAAGUGCGGACUUUCUCGGAAGUAUUCGACCAGUUCGGCGACAUGAUCAAAAUUCAAAUUCGGAUGAAAAUCAAGGCUUAUUCGAAUGGCAGGACGGAGCUUUGGUUUGUUCGAUGAAAGAUGGAGGUCUUUUUCUCAUCGAUGAAAUCUCUUUGGCUGAUGACAGUGUUCUCGAACGAUUGAAUAGUGUUCUGGAACCGGAGAAGGAAUUAGUCUUGGCAGAAAAAGGUUAUAAUAACGAUGAUCAACAUAUUGAUAUCAUCAAAGCACAUGAAAAGUUUCGUUUGGUCGCAACGAUGAAUCCUGGUGGAGAUUUUGGCAAAAAAGAACUUUCACCAGCAUUGAGAAAUCGUUUUACGGAAAUUUGGUGUACACCCAGUGAAACGAUUGAAGAUUUAUAUUCGAUUAUCAUUCAUAAUUUAACAUUCAAUGAUGAAAAUCAACGUGAACAAUGCACAAAAUUGAUGUGCGAUUUCAUUCAAUACCUUCGAACAAUUCAAACAACAAAACGUAUUUUAAUAACUGUUCGAGAUGUUCUUAGUUGGACAUCAUUUAUCAAUCUAAGUUCAAACCAUUGGCAGUUCUCUUACAAACACGGUGCGUAUUUAGUUUUCAUUGACGCAAUGGAUUCUUCAUCAAUCUUAAAACAACAAACCAUUGAAUUUCUCACUAAUCAACAAAAAGAUCAAACGAAUCCUUCGGACAUGAUUCAACUCAACGAGACUUCUUUAACAAUUGGUUCAUAUUCCAUUCCUCGUGGUACAAUGGUUUAUAAUGAUAAAGAAGAUUACAGUUUCAAAGCGCCAACAACAUUAACGAAUGUCCAACGACUUUUACGUGCGAUGCAAUUGGUGAAUAAACCGAUCUUAAUCGAAGGAAGUCCAGGAGUUGGAAAAACGAGUUUGGUCAUUGCAUUAGCGAGAUUAGCUGGUUAUUCUUAUAUAAGAAUCAAUUUAUCUGAACAAACAGAUAUCAGUGAUCUUUUUGGAUCGGAUUUACCAGAUGUUGAGAGUGGACAAGCCGGAAAAUUCAAAUGGCACGAUGGACCUUUAUUAACAGCGAUUAAAAACAACCAAUGGAUCAUUCUCGAUGAGCUUAAUUUAGCGAAUCAAUCAGUAUUGGAAGGAUUGAAUGCGUGUUUAGACCAUCGUGGUGAAAUUUACAUUCCGGAAUUGAAUCGAACGUUUCAUAUUCAUGAUAAACAAUCAUCUGUGCAAUUGCGUAUCUUCGCAUGUCAGAAUCCAUAUGGACAAGUCAGUGGACGAAAGGGUUUACCGAAAUCGUUUCUUAAUCGAUUUACGACGAUUUAUUUUUCGGUUUUGGAGAGACUCGAUUUGAAAAUCAUCUGUCAACAAUUGCACGAAGAAAUUCCUGAAGAGAAUUUAGAUAAAAUGUUGAAUUUUAACGAGAAAAUUCAAGAAGAAUUCAAUAAAAAUCAAUGGGAUUUCAACCUUCGUGAUUUGUUAAAAUGGUGUCAAAUGUUUAAUAAGAAUAAUUCGAAAGCAUUUGAUUUGAUUUAUACUAAACGAAUGAGAACAACAAAAGAUCGAGAACGAAUUCAACAAAUCUACGAACAAACAACCGGAUGGAAUGUAAAACCAAUCGAAAUCGAUUUCAAAAUCACUUCAAAAACCUUACAGAUCGGUUCAACUACUUGGUCACGCGAAUCCAUUCGUCUUCCAACUUUAUCGUUAACUCAUCCGCUUUUAUUAUUACGUCAUCAAUUAUCAAAUCUUUCAUCGAUAUUUGAAUGUUUGACAUUAUCAUGGCCAAUUCUUCUCGUUGGUUCAUCAUCUCGUUCGUCAAAAUCAAGUUUAAUUCAUCUUUUAUCAUGUCUAUGUGGACAUCAAUGUCAAACAUUCGAGCUGAACUCUUCGAUUGAUACAAAUGAACUUUUGGGAAAUUAUGAACAAUUCAAUUUUCAACAAUAUGCCAAAUAUCAUUUGAAUUUAUUAAAACACGAGUAUUUCCAAACAAAUGAGAGAAAUCUUUCUAAUCAAUUCAAUUUUGACAAUCAAAUCAUCACGAUUGAAUAUCUCAAUGACUUGAAAAAAUAUUUUCCAUCGAACGAAAUCGACAAAUUAAUUUCGAAAUGUUCCCAAGAACAACAUUUCGUUUGGAUCGAAUCGAUUCUCAUUCGUUCAAUGAAACAAGGCCAUUGGUUGAUCUUAGAAAACGUCAACCAAUGUUCACUAAGUGUUUUAGACCGAUUAAAUUCUCUAUUAGAACCAAAUGGAGAAUUAAUCUUAAACGAAGGCGGUGGACAAGGAUCGAUUAUCAAACCACAUAAAGAUUUUCGAUUGAUUUUGACAAUGGAUCCCAAACAAGGCAACGGAGAAAUUUCUCGAGCAAUGAGAAAUCGAUGUUGUGAAAUAUUUAUUGAUGAUCAACAGAAUGAAAACAUUUUCGAUAUGAAAGAGUUAAUUUACGCAUGUCAAAUUGAUCAACACAAAUUACAAGAAGAUUUUCUACAAAUUCAUCAGAAACUUUCGCAAAAAGUGUCGACAUUUGCAUAUCAUAAUCUGAUUCGUGCUUGUUUGUUAUUCAAUGAAUUAUCUCGUUCAAUUACCGAUCCAUUUCGUUUGGCGAUUAAAACUGCAUAUCGAACAUUAAAUUCUCGCUUGAAUGAUGAACUCGAUUUGAUCAUUGAUGAGUUUCUCUCGAUAGAUAUGUCAUCGGAUUUUCAAAAUUCACCAACUCAAAUCGCAAAUCUUUGUUUACAACCGGAAUUAACACUUUCAUUCAAACGAAAUCUUCCCCUAUGGAAUUCUUCGAUUGAAACUGAUCAACGAAAAUUUCAAAUAUUAUUCUAUCGUUUUCUCGAACAUCUUUCGACGUCAACGACUGAAUUCGAUUUGUUUUGUUCGAAACAUCCUCAACAUACGCAUUUGAUCAAUCUUGCAAAUGAAGUUUCUUCUCGGGAAAAGAAUUUCUUAAUACGAAUUUUGAUUGAACAUGAUUCGGUGAUGAAACAAACGAGAAAAAGUGUGAAAACGAAAUUUAUUGACGAACAAUUGUUCUUUGACGUUCAUCAAGGACAAUUUUGGAUGGCGAUGAAAGAAUAUUUCAUCAAAACGUUCAAUUCAUCCGAUGUGUUUUUGAAUGAUGAAUUAUCCUUUUCAUAUUAUCGUUCAUGGCGAUGGUUUUUAUCGGUCAUAGAUGAUUCUCCAUCGGAUUUGAUUAAUCGUCGUCUUCAUUUGAUCAUUGCUUGGCCUUAUAUACGUUCAUUGUUCUUAAUUUCCACGGAAAAUUCCUUGUUCAUUCAACAAAUUCAGCAGAUCGAUGAACAAUACAUGACAAUUCAAAAUGAAUUUCUUCGUUUUUAUCAUUGGUAUCAAAAUCAACAACAUGAUUUGAUCAAAACGAAGAUCGAAUACGAAUUCGUCUGCCGGAAACGAGAAGUCUUUCAACAAAUCGAUUUAUUUUCUGAUAACAAAUCAGAAAAAAAUCUCGAAAGAUAUUUACAAUAUUGGUUUCACUAUGAAAAACAACUAAUCGACUCGUUUCGACGUCUUAGUCAUUCUCAAACAAACGAUUUGGAUGUUUUCAAUGAAAUCGAAACCAGUUGGAAUGAAUUGAAAUAUUCCACGACGAUAUUCGAUCAUGAAAUUCUGUUUUACAAUACAUUUGAUUCGAUUGUUUAUUAUCAAUAUCAAUGGAUCGAUUGUUUUCUUCACGGAACUUCUUGUUCACAACCCUUCAUCGCUUCAUCAAUUCCAUUUCAUCCAACAUCAAAUUCCGAUGAAUAUUUUUGUCAAUUGAUAUCUUAUUCCAACUCUCCCUCGAUAAUUAAACUCUAUAUCGAGAAAUGGCUUGUUCAAUCUCCUUCUACAUCGUUAUUUCAUUAUUACAACAUUCGCACAUCGAAUGUUCCAUUCGGUUUAUAUGACAAAAUUCAUCAACAGAUUCAUUUUUGGUCGAAAUUUCUUUGGUUUAACGGUUCAUUUCUUCAAUGUGAUCGAUCAACACUCGAAACAUUUGUUCGAAAUUGUUUGCAAGAUCGUUCGGUCGAGCGAACAAAUCUUUGUUUUGCACUGAUCGAACAAAGUUUCAAUGAAAUCGAAUUGAUUCAACCGCGUGGCGAAAUCGAUCCGAUUAUUUACGAACAGAUUCUUCGUGAUUAUCACGGAAAAUUUCAAUCGGAGAUUUCCUUUGAAUAUCAACUACGAGCAGAAUGUCAGGAGAAAUAUGAAUAUUCAAUGAAUUGUUCAAUUCACCGAUGGGAAAAUCAAAUGAAAAUAAUUUUGAAUGAAAUUCAAAGUGAACAAAAGGAAUUUUAUCGUUUAAACAAUGAUCAAUAUCAAAUGUUAAUUGUUUAUCUGACAAAACAAUUGAUUGGAGAGUUGUUAAAUAAGAAAUUCCUUGUCGAGGAGAUUUACGAGAAAAAACAAAGGAAAGUUUAUGAACAAUGGAGAAAAAAUCUCGUUGAAUUUCAUCGAAAUGUGAUUUUAUCCGAGAAAUUUUAUCUUUAUCGAGAUAUCACAAUGCCUUUGAUGAAACAAGUCUUUCAAAUCGUUUUGGCAUUUGAUUAUCAUUUUCAAUUGAAGAACGAAGAAAAGAAAAAACUCUUUCCACAUUGUCUUCUACCAGUUGAUACAAAUCAUCUCAAUUUAUUCGAUAUCGCCAAAGAUUUAUUCGAAAAAAGAACUUUUGUGCAACAAACAAUGCCAACAGAACAAUUCAGACAGUUCUUUGUAUUGAUUCUUGAAUAUUUGGUUGUUUAUUCGCAUACAGUUGACAAACAUUCGAAAGAAUUUCGAGAAUUAUUGCAAAAAUAUUUGGAAACCGUACAUUAUCUAUGGUCAGAAGAACAACGACAAAUCGAUGAAGAAAAACGAUUAUCAUCGAGUAUUUAUCGUCAUGAAACAAGUGAAGUUGAAAGUGAACAAGAUUAUCACGAAUAUCAUCGUUUAUUUCCAUCAUUCGAUUUACACUUUCAAGAAUUUCUUCCUCCACAAGAUACAAUUCCAAAUGAAGAAACAAAAUCUGUUGAAGAAAAACCUUCGAAAUCCUCCAUUCUUCCACAUUAUCUUCUCUUCGAAUACUUAUCUUCUAUCAUCAUUCAUCAAAAUCUCUCCUUAUCAGAUCUUAUUCUUCCAUUUUUCAAUACCAUUUAUGAAUUCGGUGAAGAUAAUCGUUUGAUCACUCAUAUGAUUCGUCUUUCCAUUAAAUCCAAAGAAUCUUUGUCAACAUAUUUCUUAAAUCAAAACAAACCAUUUGAUAUUUAUCAAGAUUCGAAAUCUUCAAUGGUUAUCGAAUGUUUUCCAACGAUUGAAUCAAUCGAACAACGCACAACUUUCCUCCUUCUCUCUCAUGAAAAUCAUCCAACUCUCACCGAAAUUCUUCUUGUCAUCCAACGCUUAAAAUCAUUUUCCAUCUCCCAUUCUCUAAUCAAAUUUCUCUAUGGUUUCGACAUUCUCUUCACUAAAUUAACUUAUUGGCAACAAACUUAUGCAUCGAAAACCCUUCAAACUACCUUCGAUAUUCAAUUGGAACAAUUAACUGCUUUAAUCAUUCGAUUUCGCAAAUACGAAUUCAAUUGUUAUGAACAAUCAUUAUCAAUGAUUGAUUAUAAUCAUCGUCAAUCGACAAUUACCAAUUGGUGGUUACAUUUCUUUCAUUUAAUCAACUCCAAACAUGAAAAUCUCGAUGAAUUGGAAAAAACUCUUCAUGACUUUUUCCGCCAAUCAACUUUGGGUGAUUUUUCGACUCGUUUGGAAAUCUGUCAAUUAUUCUUUAAAUAUUUUCAUAAUGAAAAUCGAUUCAUUCUCAAUUCGAUUAUUCAAUAUUAUCAACAAUUCGUUGAACAUAUCGAACAACAGCGAAUGUCACUUCGAAAACCGAUCGAAACCGAAAUGAAGAAAUUUCUCAGCAUUCAACAAUGGAAAGACACGAAUUAUUAUUCACUUAAACAAUCCAUUGACAAAUGUCAUCAAUUCUUAUUCAAAUCAAUGAAAAAAUACCGACAAAUUCUUCAUCAACCGAUUGAAAAAUCUCUUUCUUCGUAUCAAAUCUCGUUUCAAUUGACCAACGAUGAUUUCUUUCGUUUAAUCAAACUGAAAUUUAACAAGAAAAUCUUUCAUUUACAUAAUUUCUCUCUCACCAACGAAGUGAAAUUCGAUGCUCAAACGAUCGUUCAACUUUCCUCGGCAAUUUUCUCAAUGAAAAUUGAAACAACCGAUCGUAAAGAACUAAAACAGUUGUACACCGAAAAACGACAACUCAUUACUCAAUUAUUUCAGAAAUUAACAUCAAUUGGUUUGUCCUUUCGAAAAGGUUUGAUGAAUCUUCAUUCUCAAACGUUAUUCGCCGUUCCACCAGUCGAUUUCUCAUUUCAUCCGAUCGAUUUCGAACGAAAUUACGGUUUAAUCGAAACGAAGAAGAAAAAAUUGGUUUUGAAAGAUCGAAGAGAAGUUUUCGAGCGAUUCUCGAAGAUUUUUCACGAAACCGAUUGGAAUUAUUAUCGAAUUUUGUAUCAACAUAAGCAAAUUGAUGUUCUUUCGAAAGUGAACAAACUCGAUCCGAUUAUUUAUCAACGAAUUCAAGGUUUUCAAGAACAUUUAAUGAAAAUCAUUUAUCAACAGAAAUUGCUCCUUCAUUCGUUCAUUCAACAAUACGAAGAUUUCACAAAAACAUUUUCUCUUUAUUCUAAACGAGAUUUUCAAUAUGAAUUGAAUGAAAUUGAUCAAUUGUACCAUGCGACAAUUCGAUUAAUCGAAAGAAUUUACUCGUUUUUGUUGAUUAUUCGAUCAAUUCCGAUGAAUUCAAUUGAAUCAAUUCCGAUUUUGGAUAUUCGACCGAAUUAUGUUCAGUUGUUGAGUUCAAAUGAUCUAACGAGUUUAUUGGAGAAAUUUUCCGAACGAUUGAAGAUUUUAUUAACGAAAUUAAAUGAGUUCUAUGAGAAUGUUAUCGAUUAUCAUCCAUUAUUGAAGGAAAUUUAUGAUUUACAACAAGAAAUCUGUUUAUCAAAAGAACAAAUUGAAAAUGUUAUGGAGAAAUUAUUCAUCGAUGAACAUCUCUUUCCAAAUGAUCAUUUUGUCGGAGAUUUAACAAAGAAUUUCAUGGAAAUUUACACGGAAUUCUCUCGCAUAAACGUUCUCAAACAAAACAAUGAUUCAAUUCCAACAGUAAAUUCUAAAUCAUUAAGACGUUAUACCAAACGAUUGAUCUCUUCUCUGGACGAAUUUUCUUCUCAAUCGAAUCCAACAUCGAUGUGGCUUGUUCAUUUUUAUAAUUAUUUCAACGGACAUUUCACACGUUUCGAUCUUUCAUCUCUCACAAAAUUAAUUUCUAAAUCGAUCACGCCGAAAUCCAUUCCAUUUUUUCAUCAAAUUCAUCUCCUCAUCGAACAAUUAUUGUACCGAUUCAUCUAUUAUCAUCAUUAUACGUCGCAGAUUUAUCUGGCGCUGAGUAAUACGUUCUCGGCGUUGUUACGAGAUGGAUUUCAAAUGCCACCGGAAGAGAGCGAAGAGAACGAAGAACAGAAAACGGAAGGUGGAAUGUCAGGAAUGGGCGAAGGACAAGUUGGUAAAGAUGCCAAAGAUGUUUCUGAUCAAAUCGAAACUGAAGAUCAGUUGGAUGAAGCGAAAGCACCCGGACAAGAACAAGAAGAGACGAAAGAACAGGAAAGUGUUUCCGAAGAAAAGAACGGAAUGGAAGUUUCAUUCGAUUUCGAAGGAGAUCUGGAAGAUCCAUCGAAAGGUGAAGAUGAAAAUGAAGAUGAAAAUGAAAAGGAAAGUGACGCAGAUGAUGACAAUAUGGAAGAUCAAAUGGGUGAUGUCGAUGAAGAUGAUCAAGGUGAAGUUUUCGAUGAGAAAAAAUGGGGUGACGAAGAUAAAGAAGAAGAGAAGGAGGAAAAAGAUGAACCAAAUGAAAGUGACAAAACUACUGGAAAAGAUAAAAAACAACGGGAUGGUCUUUCGGCAAAGAAUGAACAAUUGGAAUUAGAUGACGAAACAAUAGAUGAGCAACAACAAUAUGAAGAUCAACCACCAGAAACGACAGACAAUGAAGAAAUCAAUCCAGAGGACAAACCUUUAGAACUUCCAGACAACAUGGAUUUAGAUGGAAAUGAUGAAAAAGACGAAACUAAUCAAGAAAAUCCUGAUGAAUUGAAUCCUCAAGGUGAAGACGAUAGAGAUUCAUGUGCUGAGCAAGAAGACGAAAAUAAAGAAGAAGAAGAAACAACUAAAGACGACGAAGAGAACAUUGAAUCCACCCGAAAUCAUAUUCCCGAUGAUCUUCCCAAUCAAGAAGACGAACAACUUGAACAAUCAGCAUUAACUCAAGAUAAAACGUCGAAUGCUGAUUCGAAAGAUCAACCAAACGAUCUUCAACAAAGUAUCGCCAAUGCAGAAACAUUUGAAGACGAAAAGAAAACGAAAGAUCAACAACAAGAACAACUUGGCGAAUCUUCAUCAACAAAAACUUCUCAAACACAGCAAAUGUCGUCGAAUCAACAAAAUCAAUUAACUCAACAAUUAAAUCAAGACCAACAAAAAGCAGAAAACAAUCCGAAUAAAACUUCCAACGAACAGCGAACAUUAAGUGAAAUCGCUUCUCUAAUUGAUCAAAAUAUCAAAGCGGCAUUCGAUCUCGAACAAAAUGAACAAGUCGAUGAAACUCCUAUGGAUGAUCUUCCAACCAUCGAUCAAUCCAAUCAAUCUACUCAAAUCUACGCACACGCCAAAAACAUUCCAAAAGAUCUCGAACAACAAAAACAAAUUCUCGAUUCUGCGACUGAUCAACAAGCGAAACAACAUCAGGAUGAUGUCGAUCAACCACCAACUGAACCUGAACCGAUGAUCAUCGAUAAUCAACAACAAGAAAACGAAGAAGAUAAACAACAAGCCAAACCUUCAACAUUAAAAAAGGAUCCAAUAACAAAAAAUCAAUCAUCAUCGCAUCACGAUCAACAAUCAUCAGCAAAUCCAUCCGAAGAGCCGAAUGAAAUGAUCUCCAUUGACAAACCAUUCAUUCCAACAACAACUGUCGAACAUCAAUUCGAUUAUUCAGCACAUGUCAAACCAACAAAUCUAGCUGAACAAAUCGAAUAUCAAUUAGAAGAAUGGUACACGAAUUCCAAUGAGAAUUUAGCAGAUGAACAACAAAAUGCCGAACAACUUUGGACACAAUUGGAAUAUUUAACUCAACCGUACGUAUUCGAAUUAUGUGAACAACUUCGUCUUCUUCUCGAACCUACACAACGUACGAAAUAUUCCGGAGAUUAUCGAACAGGAAAACGUUUGAAUAUGAAACGAAUUAUUUCCUACAUUGCAUCCGAUUUUCGUAAAGAUCGAAUUUGGCUUCGACGAUUAAAACCCUCGAAAAGACAAUAUCAAUUAAUUCUAGCAAUUGAUGACAGUCAAUCGAUGGGAAAUUUACAAGUAAAACGCUUAGCUUUAGAAUCUCUGAUUCUUCUUGGUCAAACUUUAAAUCUAUUGGAUAUUGGACAAUUCGGAAUUGUAUCAUUCGGACAAUACAUUCGAAUGUUACAACCAUUAAAUCAAACAUUUAAUCAUGAGAAUGGAAUUGAAAUAUUAAAACAAUUAAAAUUUGAUCAAACAAAAACACUUUUAGCUGAAUUAAUGGAAUCAGUUACACACACGUUUAGUAAAGAAAAAAUUCAAAUAUCCAAUCCAUUAUCUCAAUUAUUAAUCAUUUUAUCUGAUGGACGUGGAUUAACUGUUUCAGGAAAAGAACGUUUAUUAAAAAGUGUUCGUCAUGCGAUCUCUCAGAACAUUUUUGUUGUUUUUGUGAUACUUGAUAAUAUCAAUCAAGAAAAAUCCACGUCGAUCUUUCAAAUAAACGAAGCAAUUUUCAAUGGUGAUAAGGUGGAAUUUCGUUCAUAUUUGGAUAGUUUUCCAUUUCCUUAUUAUUUAGUCAUACAAAAUUUGGAAAUGUUACCUCGUGCUUUAAUUGAUGUGCUAAGACAAUUUCUUGAAUUGACUACAACAAACAACAACAACAGUAAUCAGUGA